AUGGCGCCGAUAACAACAGCUGAGGACAGGCUGCAGUCGGGACACCGGCUGUCGCAUCCUCCACCCGGAGACGAGGUCCUCAUCACAGGCGUGUCGGGAUACUUCCCCGACUCAGACUCCGUCAUACACCUGCAGGAAAACCUUUUUAAUAAGGUGGACUUAGUCAGCAAUGAUACCCGUCGUUGGAAGCUGGUACACCCUGAGAUCCCGCACCGCACCGGCAAGAUCAACAACCUCAACAAAUUCGACGCGUCAUUCUUUGGUGUGCAUUUUAAAGAAGCUCAUACCAUGGAUCCCAUGUGCAGGAUGAUGUUGGAGAAGGCUUAUGAAGCAAUCUUUGACGCUGGUAUGAACCCCAAAGAGAUCCGCGAAAAAAAAGUCGGUGUAUUUAUUGGUGCUUGCUUUUCUGAAUCGGAGAAAACAUGGUUUUAUGAGAAAAUGGUAAUCAAUAAUCAUGGCAUCAGUGGGUGUUCUCGAGCUAUGUUGGCCAAUCGGAUCUCCUACUGGUUGGGUGUGACUGGUCCCUCAUAUACUAUAGACACUGCUUGCUCCAGUUCCUUCUAUGCACUAGUGCAUGCUUAUAGAGCUAUCCGUGAUGGUCACUGUGAUGCUGCUAUCGUCGGAGGAUGUAACGUGUGUCUCCAUCCUUAUGUAUCAUUACAAUUUGCCAGGCAAGGAGUGCUAUCGCCUGAUGGCGUUUGUAAGAGUUUCGACAAUAGUGCCAAUGGUUACGCUCGUUCAGAAGCGAUAGUGGUGGUCUUUUUGCAGAAAGCUAAGGAUUCCAGGAGGGUUUACGCUCAGAUGAUACACGGCAAGACCAACUGUGAUGGUUAUAAAGAGCAGGGUAUCUCAUACCCUGCCAGUAUUAUUCAGAAGCUAUUACUGGAAGAGUUCUAUGAGGAGUGCGCCAUUGCUCCAUCCGUCUUGGAAUAUCUGGAGGCCCAUGGCACAGGCACCAAAGUCGGAGAUCCUCAAGAGUUGCAGGCCAUUGACGAGAUCUUCUGUACCGGCCGUAGUGAACCUCUAUUGAUUGGCUCCGUCAAGUCCAAUUUGGGGCAUAGCGAGCCUGCCUCCGGACUCUGCUCUAUUGCAAAGAUGUGUAUAGCUUACAAUACUGGUUUUAUUCCUCCUAAUAUUCAUUUUAAAACGCCUCGUGAAGGAGUAGCGGCUUUGGCUGCGAAAAGAGUUUCGGUGGUGACAGAAAAAACUCCUUGGGGGCGGGGCAUGUCUGGAGUCAACGGUUUUGGAUUUGGAGGAGCCAAUGCGCACGCUCUGUUAAAGAAUGUCGCUAGGCCAAAGGUCAACAACGGUAUACCAUCUGAUGACUUGCCUCGUCUCGCUUGUGUGUCAGGACGCACGGAGUCCGCCGUAGCCAGGAUCCUGGAUGACUUGGAGACGAGGACUGUAGACGUUGAUCUAAUCCGUUUACUACACGCAAUUCACGCUGAUGAUAUUGACGGACAUGGUUUUAGGGGAUACACUCUACUUGAUCCAACACAUCACAAUGUUUUAGGUUCAAGGCCAACAAAAAGUGUAUCUCUUUCACGUGAAAUCCAGCGCUUCUCAGGAGUUCGUCGCCCAGUGUGGUUCGUCUACUCGGGUAUGGGCUCCCAAUGGGCCGGUAUGUGCAAGGAGCUCCUGAGAAUCCCCGUCUUUGCUGCUGCUAUUGAGAAGUGCCACAAAGCUCUACAACCUAAAGGCAUCAAUCUGACGAAGAUCAUUACUGACCCCGACCCUAAGAUCUACGACAACAUCCUCAACUCUUUCAUUGGUAUCGCCGCUGUACAGAUCGGUCUCACUGACGUAUUAAAGACCAUUGGCGUCGAACCUGAUCAUAUCAUUGGUAUCAACAUUGGUGAACUUGGAUGCGCAUAUGCAGAUGGCUGUAUGACUGCAGAGGAUAUGAUCUUAUCCGCAUACAGUAGAGGCUUAGCCUAUAAUAAGAAAACUUUCAGCAAGGAUCCUAUAAUUGACAUCGGUAUUGCACAGGUUAUGGAGAAUUCCAAACAACGUUCCGAGAAGUGGGUCACCACGCCAUUGCUGCAGGCGCAAUGUGGAAAUCUGAGGGCUUCACCUGAAUGUUACAUAAAUGAUGUCGAGCACCCAGCACUAUUCGAUGAGAUAUCUCGUCUGAUCCACGCUAACGCAUUUGUAAUCGAAAUCGCCCCUCAUGGUAUGCUGCAAGCCAUCUUGCGCAGGUCUCUGAAAAAAGACGUCAUCACCGUUAGUUUGGCACAGAUGGACCACCCGGACAAUGUCGAGGUUCUGUUCACUGCCAUUGGAAAACUGUAUGAAUCUGGUCUUAACCCACAACUUGCCAAUAUCUACCCAAACGUGUCCUUUCCCGUGCCACUGGGUACGCCUAUGCUUGCCCACCUCGUCGAAUGGGAACACAGUGAAAACUGGUUCGUAGCAUCAUACAAUGACUUAGAUAAAUUGAUGGUUGGCGAAAGAAUGGUUUGGAUAUCAAUUGAUGAUGACGAAUCUGAAUUCAUGGCUGGUCAUGUCAUUGAUGGUCGUAACUUAUACCCUGCUACCGGCUAUCUACUCCUGGUAUGGGAAACCCUUGGUAUGAUGAUGGGAGGAUCUUACACUGACAUAUCAGUAGUCUUCGAAAAUGUGCGCUUUCAGAGAGCCACGAACAUUCCCAAAGAAGGCUCUCUAGAGUUUACUAUAACGAUCCACAAAAAUAGCGGCAACUUUGAGAUCUCUGAAAGUGGUGUUCCCGUUGUGACUGGUUGCAUCUACGCUAAGAAAAAUGUCAGCCAAGAUUUUAGGGUUCUACAACACUUGCCAGAAGUCAGUGGUCCAUUCAUCAAGAGCUUGCUAACCAAGGACUUCUACAAAGAACUGCGCCUCAGAGGAUAUCAGUACAGUGGCCUUUUCCGUGGCGUUCUUGGCUGUAACGUCGAGUCUACCCGAGGUCGCCUCGCAUGGGUCAACAAUUGGGUCACCUUCAUGGACUGCAUGCUGCAGAUGAAGAUCAUUGGCCAAGACACCAGGGGUCUCUUCGUCCCCACCAGGAUUGAGAAACUCUCCAUCGAUGCUCCUAUGCAUUGCAGCGCAAUAUCAAAAAUGAAUCCUGAUUCGGAUAAAAAGUCGUUUGAAGUUCGCGUGUACCCAGAUGUUAAUGUUAUCAGGGCUGGCGGUAUCGAAAUCCGGGGUCUUCAUGCUACACCCAUUACCAAAAAGCCACCUCUUGGCAUACCCGUAUUCGAGAAGUACGAGUUUAUUCCUAACUUUGCAAAAUCUAAGGUUAAGACAGAAGAUGUCCUCCGUGCCAACAUCCAGCUGGUCCUCGAGAACGUUCAAACGUAUAAAGUAAAAAGUAUUGAGUUGGUAGAUGAAGAAUAUACGAAGAAUGACCUAAAACCUUUGCUAGAAUACGUUGGAAACAUACUUGGAGAUCUGCCCCUGGUCGAAGCUGAUCUAUUGCUAAUUUCUGAAGAGCCCAUUGAGAUGCCAUCGAACAUUACUGUUGGGACCAGGAAACUGACUGCAGAGAGUAAUACAAUACUGUUUAUUGGUGCUAAUCUCCUUGGCAGACCUGAGAUUCUUCAACAAGCAAUUGGUACCCUCCGCGAUAAAGCCUUUAUAAUGAGCCGCGAAAAAGACCGUCCCGAUCCUAACAAAUUCAGUGACAAAUAUGACAUUGACAUCGACACUAUUUACGACACAGGUUUUGAAUAUAUGGUGCUCUUACGAAAACGUGUUCAACUUAGACGAGGCAAGUUCAUUAGAAUUUUUGCUGCUGAUGAUACUUUCUCUUGGGUAGAAACAGUUAAAAAAGAACUCAAAGAAGGACAUAAAGUGGUCCUUUACGCUCAAAAUGAACAUAACAACGGUCUGUUAGGAUUAGUGAACUGUCUAAGAAAGGAGCCUGGUGGUGAGAUCGUGUAUGGCUUCCUUAUUUCUGACCCAUCAGCUCCUCCGUUCAGCCCUGGCUUAGAGUUUUAUGAAGAACAGCUGAAAAAAGAUUUGGCUUUUAACGUAUACCAGGAUGGACAUUGGGGUACUUACCGACACCUUCUCUUAAAUGACUUAGAGACAGUUCGUGCGGAUCAUGCCUAUGUUAAUGCCCUCACCAUCGGAGAUCUUUCUUCACUAAAAUGGGUCGAAGGAAGAAUCAGGGAAAAUCAUGUGUUCAAUGACAAAGAAAAAAUGUUAAUCCAUGUAUAUUGUGCAGCGUUAAACUUCCGUGACGUUAUGACAGCUAUUGGUCGUGUCACAGUCGAUGCUAUAGAUCGUGGUCGUCUGGCUCAAGAAUGCGUGAUAGGUAUAGAAGUUGUCGGUAAAACCGUCAAUGGCUCCCGAGUAAUGGGUAUGAUCCGUAACCGUGGUAUAGCCAACUUAGUUGAAGCAGAUAGGAAGAUUCUCUAUCCUAUACCAGACGAAUGGAGCUUUGAGGAAGCCGCUACUGUGCCUGUUGCAUAUGGAACUGUAUAUUACGCUAUGAUCAUGUUUGGCGAAAUGCAACGCGGCGAGUCCAUCCUCAUUCAUGCUGGUUCUGGAGGUGUGGGUCAGGCCGCCAUCAAUGUAGCACUCCACUAUGGCUGUCAAGUUUUCACUACCGUCGGUACGGCAGAGAAGAGAGCCUUCAUCAAGAAGUUGUUUCCACAGCUUAAAGAUAGUCACAUUGGUAACUCCCGCGAUACUUCUUUCGAAGACAUGGUCAGACGUGAGACCAAGGGCAAGGGUGUUGACAUCGUGCUAAACUCUUUAUCGGAUGACAAAUUACAGGCAUCAGUCCGUUGCCUGGCGUUCAGAGGUCGUUUCCUGGAGAUCGGCAAGUUCGACAUCAGUAACAAUACUGCAAUCGCCAUGUACUUCGCGUCCAAGGAAAUAACCUUCCACGGCGUCAUGCUGAACUAUAUCUUUAAUCAGGACGUCAUGGUUAGAAGGCGCUUGCAAGAUCUGCUUCAGAAUGGCAUUGAGAGUGGUGCCGUCAAACCACUUACGUAUUGCACAUUUGGGGCCAAUGAAGUGGGAAACGCAUUCCGUUACAUGGCUGCUGGUAAACACAUCGGAAAGGUGGUAAUUAAGAUACGUGAGGAAGAGCGCAGCAACCAUCCCGUAAGACCAGUCCCAACAUCUAUUGAUGCUGUACCCAGAUACAUCUGUCAUGAGGACCACGUGUACAUGGUGGUCGGUGGUCUCGGGGGUUUCGGUCUUGAGUUGGCUGACUGGCUCAUCAUGCGAGGCUGCAGAAAGAUCCUGCUCACUUCCCGCAGGGGAAUCAGCAACGGAUACCAGUCGUUACGAUUACGGGCCUGGACAUCAUACGGAGCUGACGUCCAGAUUUCGACACAUGACGUCACCACUGAGUCUGGAUGCGAAGAAAUGUUCAAGAUGGCACUCACCAUGGGACCCGUGCACGCUAUCUUCAACUUGGCUGUCAUUCUGAAGGACUCCAUCUUCCAGAACCAAACUCCUGAGACCUUCAAAACAUCGUUCGCACCUAAAGGGCGAACUACUAUGCAUUUAGACAAACUCUCCAGGAAACUGAGUCCAGAUUUAAAGGAUUUUGUGGUCUUCUCAUCUGUAUCGUGUGGUCGUGGAAAUGCUGGUCAGACCAACUACGGCUACUCCAAUUCCUUAAUGGAGAGGAUCUGUGAAGAGAGAAAGAAGCUCGGCCUUCCAGCUCUGGCAAUUCAAUGGGGAGCUAUUGCUGAUGUGGGUUUGGUAGCUGACUUGCAAGACAAAGAAGUGCAACUUGAGAUCGGAGGUACCCUGCAACAAAGAAUAUCUUCCUGCUUGACUGCCCUCGACAAGUUCAUGAAGCAAGAUGCUCCUAUUGUGUCAUCCAUUGUGGUAGCUGAGAAGAAGGCUGGAGGCGAAGGAUGUGCUAAUGCUGUAGAUGCAGUAGCUCAAAUUUUAGGCAUCAAGGAUUUGAAGACUGUAUCGCAACAAAGUUCUCUGGCUGAAUUGGGUAUGGACAGCAUGAUGGCUUUGGAGAUCAACCAAACUUUAGAAAGAGAGUUCGAAAUUUUUCUCACGGCCCAAGAUAUUAGAAACUUGACAUUCACGAGAUUAGCAGAGUUAACAGCACAACGUAAAGCUUCCUCUUCUUCAUCAAAGUCUACCCCCACUAACUUGGAAAAUAUUGGCCUUCGUGUACUGAUGAGGAACUUUGGAGAUGAGAGAACAGCUUCACAACCUUAUGUGCACAUGCCUUCUAUGGACGAGGGAGUUACCCACUCUUCGGACCACGUGAUGUUCAUGCUGCCAGGGCUAGAGGGUUUUGCGGCAACGCUGGAGAAGCUCUCUAGGAGUCUGGAGAUAAAAGUCUGCGUUCUGCAGCUCGGCGUUGAGCACAAGAACGAGAAAUUGGACCAAAUGGUCAACAGGUUAUACCAGACUGUGGUCUUGAAACUAGCCCCUGGUACUCCAUUCUGGCUCUUAGGAUACAGUUAUGGUGCUCUUCUCACCUUGGGGCUGGCUUCUAGGCUGGAAAAAUCAGGUUUCAAAGGAACCGUAUUCUGUCUGGACGGUUCUCCUGACUACCUUAAAGAUAUUAUUAUGAAGACUAUGAAUGUUAAAAACGACUUCCAACUACAGAACAGCUUGCUGUAUCACACUUUGAGUAUUAUUGCUCCUAACAUUAACAUGACCAACGAGUUUAUGGAGAAACUCAACGAGAUCGAGUCUUAUGAAGAAAGAAUUGCUUUGACAGUCAAAAUGACUCCAAUACAGAAUAGUUACUCUGACAAGUUCUUUGCAAACAUCGCUAGGGCAUGCUUCGAUAGACUUAAGACAAUUGUCGACUUUGACCCAAAGGCUUUUACGAAGCUAAAGUCUCCAAUCAUCCUCCUUCGUCCCAAAGAGAACCCGUCCUUCGUAGCUGUAGAAGAAAACUACGGUCUCGACAAGUACACAGAGAACAAUGUCACCGUACACUUCCUCGAAGGUAACCACAUCUCUAUCAUUGACAGCAAAGACUGCGCCGACGUUAUUAACAAAGUUUUGGUUGAGAAGAAAGAAGAAUAUAGCGGUUAA